UGAAUUAUUGCAACAAGUUAUCUUAUAAUGCGUAUAAUGAUUUAAGUAACAUGCAUCGAAUCGGAUUCAUCAACUCCUGUGCUCUGUACCAGCCGUGCUUUCCAGUUUGGAGUGGUGGCUGUAGCAGAAAACGAGGCGAGUCAUGAACUGGUUUACUCGCAAUCUUACAUGGACUUCCAGAAAGACCGAAGCCUCAAAUCCUCAGUCACAAUCAAACUCCAAAGAGGAGGACGAAGACCAAUUGUAUGGGGUUACUGAGGAUUUGAUCAAUUACACCAAGUCCUUCACGAUUGAUACAUUUAAAAAUUUCCCUCUCCAAGAUGAAGAUGAAGCCACUAAUGCUCAAGACACUUUAACGAAUUCAGCCAGGAUUAGGAACGAUCUCUCUCAGUGGCAGGAGAGACAUGCCACCCUCAUACUCUCAAGAGUGAAGGAACUCUCUCAAAUUAGAUAUAAGCUCUGCCCUGGCCGUUUGAAGGACAAUCAAUUCUGGAGCAUAUAUUUUAAGCUUGUGAGGAGCCAUGUAAUCGAAUACGAGCUACGGGCAAUACAACGGGAGAAACUAAAAAGGAUGGCAGUGGAGGAAGAGCAAUCUUUGGAUAAUAAUGCAAUCGAAGUUGAAAUGUCAGAAACAAAGCAUGGAUCAAUGAUAGAAAGUCCACACUCAUAGAAGGCAACCUUGACUUUUGCUUGCUACCAUGAAUAGAUUAGGUUAUGCGCCCAAGGGGACUGUUGGUUGAGGAAGAAGCGGAAUGAUUAUUCACGAGUAGGUUUCACUUGUGGCCUUCUGGUUAUAACCCACAUUGAGUUAUUCCAGCUGGCUACGGGAUCGAAUCCGCAGUAUCACUUGAAAUACGGGAAUUCUAAAGAGCAGGUUCCAUCAGGUAGGUAUUUCAGUUGUUUCUGGCUUAUGAUUUCCGCAUAGUUAAUGAAAGGUGCGUGAUACCGAGCUGAACUGUUUCUCUUUGAGAACUUGCCACAAGUUCAUACAUGGUGCACCAGCGGGCUCGAAUGGGUUGAACAACUUGUAUCGACCCGCAUUAUCAGCUCUUUUGUGUAUUAAUGUUCAUAUUUGACAUUAACAUAUCUACAACAAUGUACCCAUCAAAGUCCUUGUAACUUGGUAGUUGGUAGUAUUGAUGCUCUCGUGUUAGUAACAGGUUGUAGGUUCAAUCCUAGUUGUAACUUGUACUGUUAGUAACAAUGCCUGCCCCUUUAAUU